AUGGCGCUAAACGCGAAAGGAAGGGAGCUGCUCCGAGAGCUGCAACGGAGCGACUGGCUGCCGCCGUAUAAUGACGAUCUCGUGCGGCAGGUGGUGGACGAGUCACGACUGCUGCACGACGAGAUUGCCAGGAAGAUCAUCGCGUAUCAGGACAACCUGGAAACGCAGCCGGCGUCCGUGCACUGCGGACUGAUUGUCCAUCACCAGUGUUUACUGCGCAACAAGCGCUGUUUGAUUGCCUACAUACACCACCGCGUGGCGAAGAUCCAAGCGCUGCGGUGGGAAACUGGCACGAUCAUCCCCGGCUCGCUCGCUCCGAAUUUAUGUCAGCGCGAAGUACAGUUCUUCAACCAGUACGAUCAGCUCGUGACGGACUACAUGGCCGACUUUGAACUCGACAUCUCAGCGGACCUCCAGCCUCCCAAAGACUUGUACAUAGAGGUGCGCGUGUUGCGUGACUGCGGCGAGGUCAUGACCGAGAACGGAAUGGUGAACUUGGACGCGCACUCGCAUCAUUUCUUACGACGCGUGGACGUGGAGCAGCUCAUCCGCCAGGGUUUGCUCGAGCAGAUUAAGCGCUAA